GAAACGCGCAAAAACAAAAAAAAUCGCCAGCAGAUAAUUACAUGUAUGUACGUAUAUGUACAUGUGAGCCAAACGACGCUGAAGAGAGAUACAUAGGAAAAUUGUAAUAAAAAACAGUGCAACAAUAAAACUGUUAGCAACAACAACAACUAUUGUUAACCAUUGCUAACCAAACAAACAACGAAACGCGCAACAAGUGAAGUCCUUGACUUAGAAAAUUUUCAUUUACGAAUUUUCGUGUUUUGUUUUGUUGCUAAAAUACGUUUAUUUUGGCGGUAAAGAAAACUGUAUAAAUAAGUCAGGAGCAAGGAUAAAGAAAAGCAAGCGUUAGCAGCAGCAACAGCGCCAAAAGCACUUCGGUAAUUGUAGAAAGGAGUAACGCAUAAAGCAGCUUUCAAAAUGUCUGAAUCGGUUUGUCACAAAUGCAAUGAAAUCAUCACGAAACGCAUUAUAACAGCGCUCGGCAAGACUUGGCAUCCGGAGCAUUUUGCAUGCAAGGACUGCAACACACCCAUCGAGGAGGCCACAUUCAAUAUACAAGAUGGUGAACCGGUUUGCUCGAAAUGUUUUCUAAAACUCUAUUCAGGCACAUGUCACGGCUGUAAACAACCCAUAUUGGAGCGCACAAUCAAAGCACUCGGUCAGACAUGGCACGAGGAUUGUUUCGUCUGUGGUGGACCUUGUCAGAAACCCCUAGUGGGCACUUCGUUCUAUGAGCGCGACGGACGUGCCUACUGUAAGACAGACUUUGAAGAACUAUUCGCGGCACGAUGCGCGGGCUGUGCCAAGCCGAUAACAGAGAAUGCGAUUGUGGCGUUAAAUAAUAAAUGGCAUAGGGACUGUUUCAAAUGCAAGAAAUGCGCCAAUCCCAUAACGGCCAGCGUUUUUGCAGUGGAAGAGAAUAAGCCCGUGUGCACGGAGUGCUCAGCCUAGAAACAAGGCAGUGCGACAGUAAAACUCAAGUGUGUUGGAUAAUGUUUGAGCAAAGAGAAAUCGAGAAAGAAGUGGAAAGAACAGGAGAGAGCGGAAGAGAGUCGGAGAAUGAACUUUAAAUUACCUGAAAAUUUAGAUUUAAAAGGCAACUCAAAUAACAGAUAAAUACAAAAAAUAAUGCAAUUAAAAUAAUACACAAAGCAACAACGAAUGUAAACAACAAGAAAGCAUGUAAAUUUGCAAAUAUGUAGUUUGUGAAGUAAUUUUUUUUUAAGACUUUCUUCUAACACGCUGUGACGCUACUAAACAAGAAUCAAGUGGAAACUGCGCAAAUCCACGCUAAACAUUUUCAAAUUAACAGCACUUCAUAUAAGUAUAUAAAUAUAUGUAUUUCAAAUAUGUAUGUAUAUAAAAUCCUUAUGCUCAGACUUAAGGUCCACAUGCAUUCCAAUAUGCGUUCCACACGCCCGAACUCAACUCACCACCUCACUGAACGCUACUGCACCUAAACUGAAGACAAACUGCCGGACAGAUUAAGUAGUUGUUAUUGUAGUAUGGAUUUUUUGGAGAACACACACCCACUCAAACGAUCGGAUCGAUACUACGAACAUACUUAUGUACAUAUUAAAACCAAAACUGCAGGCAAAUUUAUUAUAUAAGAUUCCAUUUGCGUUUGAUGCGUUAAAAUAAUUUCAA